AUGAACUCAGUUUUCAAAUUCGUAUCCUCGGUCAAUAAAUUUUAUAGUGAAAUAAAUUCUGCGACUCUUUCUGGUGCAAUUGAUGUUAUAGUUGUUCAACAACCUGAUGGAGAACUUGCCUGUUCUCCUUUCCAUGUAAGAUUUGGAAAACUUUCUGUCUUAAGGCCACAAGAAAAAAAGGUCGAAAUGACAGUGAAUGGUAAAGUUGUUGACUUUCCAAUGAAAAUCGGUGAGGCAGGUGAAGCCUUUUUUAUUUUUGAGACCGAUAAAGUAGUUCCAGAAGAAUUACAAACUUCACCACUUGCAGGACCCAGUGAUCCUUCGCCGGACGUUGAAGAACCCGACUUUCUUGAUCUAGGGGAAUUAAAUGGGGCAACUUUACCUAUUUCAAAUGAGACAAAUGAGACAAUUGAGGGAACCGAGAAAAAUGAGAAAAAUGAGACAAACGAGACAAAUGAAGCAAUCGAGAUAAACGAGCCAAACGAGACAAAUGAGAUAAACGAGACAAAUGAGAUAAACGAGACAAAUGAGAUAAACGAGACAAAUGAGACAAAAGAUACAAACGAGGCAAUCGAGACAACUGAGAUAAAUGAGACAGACGAAACAAAUGAUACAAACGAGACAAAUGAGACAAACGAGACGAAUGAAAUAAAUAAAAUAAACGAGGCAAAUGUGGUAAAUGAGAUAAAUGAGGAAAAUAAUGAGAUAAAUGAUACAAGUGAGAUAAUUGAGAAUGAGAUAAAUGAUACAAAUGAUCUCAUUAAUGACCCUGUUCACAAGAAUACAGUUAAUUAUGAUAACAGUAUGGAAGAUGGAUAUGAAGGAGAUACUGAACCAAGAGCUCGCAUUCCUGAACGUGAGAAAAGGGCCGAAUUUGGUGUAAUAACACAAGAAUUUAAAGCUCUUAAUAUUUCCCACAGCUUAACAUCUGAUGAAGAAAUGGAAAUACAAAAUACUUCACUUAAAGAUGAUUUUAAUGGAAUAAUGAAAGAUUUUACAAAAGAUCAAGAUAAUAAAAAUUUAGAUGUUCCUAUUAUAAAUCAAGAUUUAAAUUUAGAAUCUGAUGAUGGAUCUGAAACAAUAUUUACCUCUAGUGAUCAAGCUGAUAUGAAGUUAAGUGAUGAUAAAGUUCAACUUGAUGAAAUAAUACCUCAACCAAAUGAUGAAGAUUCUGAAAAUUCAAGAUUGAAUUGUGGAAGAGCUUUGUCUAUUUCAACGGUCCAUCAAAAUUGGGCAAAAUCAGAAGGUCCAUUUUCUGAUACUGAAUUGGAUGAAACGCGCAAGCCAGAAAAGCCGAUAGAGCGAAGGAUGCACAAAAUUAGUCCUUUAAGUGAUACUGAAUUAGAGUAUGAACCUACUAAACCAGAAAAGAGUAAUAAUGAAUGGUCAUGGAGAUGGGGAGCAUUACCAGUAAGAACAUCUGAAAAAAUAGAACAUUGGCAAGAAGGUACUGGCGAUAAAGAAUGGAAAGAUCUUAAAGAUCAAGAAGAUUUGUCUGGUGUUGAAAUUGGGGGGGAAACUUAUCAUUUUGAAAUUUCGCUUUGUGGAAACAGUGGUUUUGGGAGAGAUGAAUUUUCCGAAAACCCGCAAUUAUUGAAUGAUAAAUCUUUAGUUUUCAAAUAUGAUAACAGAUAUUUCACAGGACCUGCGAUAUUACCCUUGAUUACUUCUUUACUUGUGUUCAAAAAACCGCUUCCUGAAAAAGUGACAACUUCGUUAUCUAAUAAUCGCCUGGAAGAUUUGAGAUCACCGGAUCGAAGGAAAUAUAGUUUACGUAGUUGGAGUCGAUGGUGGAAUCAUACAAACAAAUCAACUAAAUUCUAUGCUAAAACUCUUCGUUUAACGUCUGAUCAAUUGAAAAGCCUUAACCUUCAAAAGGGUGUCAACACUAUGUCUUUCUCCGUCCCUUCUUCAUAUCAAGGCAAGGCUAUAUGUGUGGCUAAAUUAUUCUUUUGGGAUCUUGAUACUAAUAUUGUUAUAUCCGAUAUCGAUGGAACCAUUACAAAAUCCGAUGCUCUUGGUCACGUUUUUACGAUGAUUGGCAAGGAUUGGACUCAUUCUGGUGUAGCUAAAUUAUACACAGAUAUUCGUAAUAAUGGAUAUGAAAUAUUGUAUUUAACGAGUAGAGCUAUUGGUCAGGCAAGUUAUACGAGAGAUUAUUUGGAGAAAGUUAAACAAGACAAAUAUCAAUUACCUGAUGGCCCCGUGAUUAUGUCGCCUGAUCGUUUAUUAACGGCUUUUCAUAGGGAAGUAAUAAUGCGUAAGCCAGAAGUAUUCAAAAUGGCUUGUUUACGCGAUGUUCAAAAGUUAUUUAAGGAUAGAAAUCCAUUCUUUGCAGGAUUCGGAAAUAGGAUAACGGAUGCUUUGUCUUAUCGAAGUGUGAAUGUUCCUUCAUCAAGGAUUUUCACAAUUGAUUCAAAUGGAGAAGUAAAACUCCAAUUAUUAUCAGGAUACAAAUCAUCAUACAUUGAUUUAAGUGAUUUAGUUGAUCAAAUGUUCCCUCAUAUCGGUAGUAAAUGGGACACGGUAUAUAAUGAUUUUAACUAUUGGAAACCCGAAAUGCCAGAAAUAGAAUUACCUCCAGAAAUUUAUGAUUCGUUGAAAGCAUCAGAAAAACCACAAAAAGUGUCAGCUGUAAUAAUAGAUUCUCCAAAACGGGGGAUGAUUCAAACAUUGAUUAGUGGUGGAAGUAACGGACAAACUCCAACCAAUUCUGAGCCUACCUCUUCUUCGUCAUCACUCAAAUCAUAUGAUAAUUUAUAUAACAAAGAUUUGCAUGGUAAACGUAAACAACACUUGUUUUAUGUUGGGGGAGAUGUUGAUAUGCCAGGUCGAAUGGACAUUCUUCCAAAGAGCAAUGGCGGUGGAACUAUGAUAGGAUAUUAUGAAAAUGACGAGGACGGAGAUGAUGAAUAUUUGACCGACGAUCAAGAAGAAGAUUUUGAAGAAGAUAUACCAGCAGAAAUUGAUUUAUCCGACUUCCCCUAUUAG